AGAUGGAAAUGGUGUCGAGAAGAAGACGUGAGAGACAGGCGCCGACGAGCGAGAGCAACGGCACCACCAGCGUACGACGAAGGCUUGGGCAAGAAAAGGCGAGUUCUGGUCGUGGAAGUCUUAUUCCAGCGGCGACGCGCCGCUCGGAGAUUCUGGAUUGAGGCUGGUGUUGAGGCGCGCCCACGCUCAUCUUCUCAGGCGAGCCAAGGGCAAGGAGAAGCUGGUUGUUGGUGAAGGCGUUAGUCUGUGGUGGUGUCGAGUCGCACAGAAGUGACCGGCGGCGAGCGAAGGUGACUGGUCCGGAGUUGAUAGGUCCAGUCCGAUAAUGCUUGAAUGAAUCAGUGGGGAAACGGAAUUUCUGUUGGAUUCCAAGCUGGAAGGUUCACCGAGCAUUUGGGAUACUCUUGAGGGCGUGUUGGGAUAAAUGGUCUAUACUACAGAUGGUCUGGAUUCAUCUAGCUUUGGAAGUCCUGAGGGAUCCUCAAGAAUCACUGGAUUUCAGCAAUUGUAGCUCACAACUAAUCUGUUCAUCAUCUGGAUGUUCUUCUAGACCCUCAGCCCUGUCAAACUGCUUGGACACCUCCUUCAGUAUCAACCAUGAAUUCGAAGACGGAGAGCAUCUGAAAACGCAUUGCAUAAACGGUUGUGGUGCCAAAAGUUUUGACCUCCCUAUUGUGGUGCGCCACUCAGGGAAGGUUUCCAGGUGUGUGUGGGAUGGGGAGGAAUUGAAACUGGUCUGCGUGGACGGUGUUGAUGGAUCUUCUUUGGGGCAAUUAUCGUUUAAUUUUGAGGAUACAAUUAGGAAAUUGAAUAGAGUUUGUGGGGAUGCUGUGAGGAACUUCUUUCUGCCGAGGGUAGUAGGCCCAAAUUAUUUAGAGUAUGUGAAGUGGAAGUUUCUGCACAGAGUUUUCAGCUCUGCACUUCAAGUUCUUGCUACUCAGGCAAUGUUUCGGGCAAUAGGAAUUGGCUAUUUUCGAUCACUUCCAUCAGCUGCUGCGCUGAAUUGGGUUUUGAAGGAUGGGCUCGGCCGGCUGAGUAGGUGCAUAUACACUGCUUGCCUUGCUUCGGCAUUUGAUACCAAUUUGAAGAGAGUUAGGUUCUCAACAUCUGUACUGUUCAGCCUGAGCAUUGGAGUUGAGUUGUUGACUCCCGUCUUUCCCCAAUACUUCCUUCUUCUUGCGACAAUAGCCAACAUUGCCAAACAAAUAAGCCUUGCUUGCCACAUAUCAACUGGCUCUGCUGUUCACAGAAGUUUUGCCAUAGCAGACAAUCUCGGAGAAGUUUCAGCAAAGUCACAAAUUCAAACAGUAUGCUUCGACAAUAUUGGGCUUAUGCUUGCUGCUACCCUCAACAUUUUGUUCCGUAACAAUCAAAGAUUACUGGAAACUCUACCAUUUUUUGUAUACCCAAUAUUCUCGGCUUUGGACCUUUAUGGGAUUUAUCGUGGGCUAAAGCACAUCCACUUGCAGACAUUGACUAAGGAUAGGCUUGAGGAAAUAAUAUAUAUUUGGAUUCAUCAAGGACAUGUCCCGUCACCGGCCGAAGUGAGUGAGAGGGAAGGCGUUGAUUUCUUAUGGAGGAAAGGCAGGGAACUUCUGCCUAUUAGAAUUGGCUGCUUGAAUCAAAAUCAGAAAAUUCCGAAGCCGACCAUGAUGAUGUUGAGGUCCCUAAACGAUCAAGAUUUCUACUUCGUCUGUAUUGAGAGGUUGCCUCAUGAUAGUGGGCUAAACGAUGUCGGUAUUCUUCUAUGCGUACGGGAAGGAGCUGCAACAUCUGAAGUUAUUACGGGUUUAUUGCAGGCUUGUCGAAUUCGCAAUAGCCUCCUACCGGAAGGGCUUGUUUCGGCAGAUUCAGUUGUUCGUCUGUGGCCAGAAUUGAUCGAAGAAAGCAAGAAAACCGCCGAGAAUGAUGCCCCGGUGCUGAUCGAGACGAUGUCGGGUUUGGGAUGGGCUUGCAAAAAUGUUCUGCUCACCACACAGGAGCAGGAAAGAUUUGUCACUUGCCGAAACUCUCCGCCGGCCGCCGCCGGCACCGCCUCCACCCCGGUGGCCUCCGGCGCCAUUGUCACCCGCCAUAUCUUCAGCGACUUAUCGAUCCCGCCGCUGUACACGGUGAACCGCCGGUCCCCCAUUCCGCGCCAGUACCCGGCGUUCUCCUUCUCCUCGACGGCCAGGCACUUCACCGGACCGGUGUGGCCGAUCAACACCGAGAGGCAGAUGUGCCGGCCCUCGUCCCGCCGCCAGACGCAAAUGUUGGUGUCGGCGGAUCCGCUGAACACCAAAUUCCCAGACGCUGCCAGGCACAGCACCGCCAGCUUGUGCCCCUUCAGCACCCCGCCAUGGCAGAGCUCCCUCCGGCGCCUCCAGAAGUUGACGAGGCCAUCCGACGAGCCGCUGUAAAGAAACCCGCCUGAGGAAUGGUUGACGGCGAGCGCUGUGACGGCGCACUCCUGCUUGAGAAGCGUCCGCGUCGGGAAAUGCUUGGUCCCCUUCCCCUGCGACUCCCGCCGCCACACCCUGACGGUGCCGUCUGCCGACCCGGUGAAAACGAGGCCGUUGAACCCGACGGCAAUCGCGUUCACUGCAUCGCCGUGUGCUCCGCCGACGGAUUCCAUGCACUUCGAAUCGGCAACGCGCCAAACCUUAAACGUCCCAUCCCAUGACGCUGAG